CAUCCCAAUUGUUGGGUUUGUAUGUAAUUUAAUAACCAUUUUUAAGCAGUUAAUAAUUGACUGGUAACUUUGACCAUGGCACAUCAUGGUUUUGGACGCGGUGGCAGAGGAUAUGGAUUCUUGGCUUCACAAAAAGAAGAGGGAAAACCUGGCAUCCCAGAAGAGGAGAAAAAAACAGUUGCAACUGAUUUUCGAAGUCUAUUACUCGGACGUGGCAGGGGAGCACAAUUUGCAAGAGGGGCGUCCUUGUUUUCAGGAAUCGAAAAACCACCUUUCAUGGGAAGAGGUGCGGGCGCAUCUAUGGGCUUAGCCAAAAGUGUUGAGACUGGACAAGUUGGGAUACCAACUCGGGAUCCAAAUGAUAAUAUUUUACAACCGAGAGUAGAGGAGGCACAAUCUGUUCGGCCAAAGAUUAAAGAUUUGCAAGUACCUGAAUUGUCUGGACCCAAACCAAUUUCUUUGUCAUCUCUGACCAAAGAUGUGAAAGAUAUGGAUAUAAGUGAAACGACAAAACCACAAAUUAUAGGUCAAAAAUCUAUUGAGGAUAAUAAAACCAGUCUUAUAAAAGCGGGAAUAUCUGGAACUACCACACAAGUUAAAUCACCUACAAAAGUGGAAGAAUUCCAUCAAUUACUUGGGUCUAAAACAGGUGGAUUGCUGGGUAAACCAGGGUUAACAUUUGGGAGAGGAUCAGCUUUAAUGCUAGGGAGAGGGACAAUGCUCCAACCUACAAAGCCUAUUUUACCGACCGCCAUAAAACCUCAAUCUUUGGACACUUCAUAUGAAACAAUACAACCCGUUUCUGCUCCGAGCCAAGUUGUUAUUGAUUCUGCAGAUAAAAGAGGAGCAGUGCUCUCAGUGGGAAAUGAGAAGUCUAUGGAAAUGUUGAAACAAGCACAGGCAUUCCCAACAUCAGGCAGAGGAGUCACUUUGCGACCUAGAGGCUCAGAACUUCCAGGUACAUCUGCAAAAACUGCACAAGAAGGGCACCCUACCUCGCUAUCGGAAUUUCAUCAAAGAAAACCAAUGCCAGAAACGAUGGCUUCGAAACCGUUACCAAGUGUUUCCCAGUCACCAGAAGACCUCAUGGUGGUGAAACGUGAUGUCAUUGAAUAUUCUGGUUCCCAAGGAAUGAAAGUUCCUAUUGGUAUCAAUUGCGUUCGACUAAAAUGCAGAAACGAAGCAGUUUACCAAUAUCAUGUUUCUUUCAAUCCUAAUAUUGACAACAGAAACAUGAGAUAUAGCCUUCUUAACCAGCAUCGUGAAUUAAUUGGCAAUACUCGCGCUUUUGAUGGAUCUAUUUUAUAUCUUCCUAUCCAAUUACCCAAAUCAGAAAUGAUUGUGGAAUCUGAAAGAAUCACAGAUGGAGAGAAAAUUCAACUUAAAAUAGCAAUUACAAGAGCGGUGCAUCCUGCUUCUCAUCUUUUGAUUCCAUUUUACAAUGUUGUUCUCCAUCGAUGUAUGAAGAUUCUACAAAUGUGUCCCGUAGGACGAAAUUAUUACGAUCCAAGCAAUGCACAACCAGUGCCAAAAUACAAACUCCAUUUAUGGCCUGGGUAUGUGACUGCGAUUCGUGAAAUGGAAGGUGGUUUGCUGAUGAAUAUCGACACUUCUCAUAAAGUUCUACGAAAUGAAACAGUUCUUACAGUUAUGCAGGAUAUAUAUCAAAACAAUAGAGGAGAUUUCCACGGUCAGUGCAUCAAAGAACUUGUUGGAUCAACCAUUUUAACAAGAUAUAACAAUAAUAAUUACAGAGUUGAUGAUAUAGAUUGGAGUAUGAAUCCUAUGAGCACUUUUACGACUUCAAAAGGUGAAACCAUUUCUUUUUACGAUUACUACAAGGCACAAUACAGGAUCGAAAUACAGGAUAAAAACCAACCAAUGUUGAUUAAUCGACCCAAAAAAGCAACACAGCGUAGCAAGCGAGUUGAGGCUGGAGAAGACAGAGUGAUAUCAUUGGUACCGGAAUUGUGCUUUUUGACAGGUUUAAGUGAUAAACUUGCUGGUGACUUCACAGCAAUGAAAGAGAUUGGGAAUUUCACCAGACUUGGACCAAAUGAGAGAAAUUCACAGAUUGAAAAUUUUUUACAAAGGUUGAAUGGAUCGCCAGAAGCCAGACAAGAACUUCUUAAAUGGGGAUUGGAGCUUGAAAAUCGUAUUGUGUCAGUGGAAGGACGGACACUUCCUCCAGAAAAAGUUCUUGUUGGGAAUAAUCAUGUUUUUCAAUGUAAUGAAGAUGUAGAUUUUUUCAGGGAUAUCUCUCGGGUACCUGUGCUUAGAUCCGUUCCAAUAAAACAUUGGAUUAUUGUAUUCACUGCAAGAGAUGCCACAAAAUCUAAAGAUUUUGUAAGAAAAUUUGAAGAAGUUUCAAGAAAAAUUGGAAUGCAGAUUCAACCUCCGAGGUACAUUGAGCUUAGAGAUGAUCGAAGCGACGCUUUCAAGCAUGCGAUAUCGGGUGCAGUGAAUCCCAGUCUGCAACUUGUGGUCUGCAUUUUUCCGACAUCUAGAGAUGAUCGCUACAGCGCUGUUAAACGUCUAUGUUGUGUGGAAAUGCCUGUGCCUUCACAAGUAAUUCUAUCCAAAACACUCCCCCGGGAUCCAUCAAUGGGAAAAUUUCGUUCAGUUACCAUGAAAAUAGCUUUGCAAAUCAACUGCAAGUUAGGUGGUGAACUUUGGGCACUGUCUAUACCACUAGAGGGACUCAUGAUUUGUGGAAUUGACGUUUUUCAUGAAGGAAGAGAGGGAAAAGGAAAAUCAGUUGCUGCUUUGGUAGCAAGCAUGAAUAAAUUGAUGACGAGAUGGUUCUCUCGAGCUGUGAUUCAACUUCCACAACAAGAAAUUAUUGACAGUUUGAAAGCUAGUUUCUGCGACACUUUGACAAAAUACUAUGAGCUGAAUCACAAGUUACCAGAACGAAUCGUGAUUUACAGAGACGGUGUUGGAGACGGAAGGCUUGGAAUGGUGGCAGAACAUGAGGUAAAACAACUUCAAGACUCUUUGAGAAUGUUUGACAAAAUGGCAGGUGGAGAGUAUAUUCCUAAACUCACUAUUAUCGUAGUUUCGAAACGGAUCAACAUACGCUACUUCAAACAAACAGGAAAAAAUUUGAUCAAUCCGCCUCCUGGUACAGUCAUUGAUCACACAGCUACUCGACCAAACUGGCCAGAUUUCUACCUUGUAUCACAACAUGUGCGACAAGGCACAGUGUCUCCUACUCAUUAUAUCGCGAUACACGGCCACACAUUUUUGAAGGCAGAUCACUUACAGAGGUUGACGUACAAGCUUACACACAUGUAUUACAACUGGCCCGGGACAGUGAGAGUACCAGCACCUUGCCAAUAUGCUCAUAAAUUAGCAUAUCUCGUUGGAGAAAACAUUCGGAAGGAACCAGCGCUAGAUUUAUGUGACCGAUUAUUUUAUCUGUGAACAAGAUACUCUUUGCAUCAUUAAUAGAAGAGAUAUCAGUUUCGGGAAAAACUUCAUACUGAUCAUUUGUAUGCUAAAUUAACGUUACAUUCCAUUCAAAUUCUCUUAAUAAAGAAAGAAGCCAAAUACAUGAGUUUAACCUGAUGGCACUACAUGUCAUGAACCAUACUUAAUUUUUACAAUUUCUCUAUGUAUUUUAAAAGUUCUUGGCUUAUUUUGGAUUAUAAAGUACACAUGAUUCCCCUGUAUAGUAUUUACUUUUAAGUGUGCUGUUUUCAAGUAGUUUGCUAUUAGCGAGUAUAAUUUUUGUCAUUUUCCACUUCUGUAAAGUGAUUUUUUUUUCUAUCAUCACCCAUCCCAGCCCAAAUUUCUGAUUUUUCGCAAUCUUAUGCCUCAGAAGAUGAAAUUUGUAUCAAACAAUGCUUGUUCAAGACCAUAUUGGCCUAAAGUCCAUGCUUCCGAAAACAAAUAACUGGCUAACUAAUCCCAUGCCCGACAUGGACUGGUAACUGGACGGUCGAGAGGUCGUGGUUUUGCAUAUGAAUAAUCUGUCAUACCAUCUUUCCUUUUACCCAAGGAUAAAUAUGUAAAUUAUAAAACACAAAUGUGCUUUAUGCACACUUUCUAGAUAGUUUUUUUUAUGAAGUAGGUAGAAAUGAGAGCAUAUUUUGUUUGAUAAAUAGUGCUCAAAUUUUGAAGUUGCUGUAGUCAAUAUUUUUGGUGCCUUUACUUUAACACUUUUAUUGUAAAUAACUGGAAUUUCUUUGUUGUUUUGAUCAGCAUUUUAUUUACUUUUAUGUUGCAGUAUUGUAGGUAGGUAGGUUCUUUAAUAGCAAAACUGUUAAUAUCUGAUCUUGAGUUGAAAUACUGGUAAUACUUUUUUGUUUUGCGCAUUCCACCUAAGUUUCACAUUAACAUUUCUUUCGUUUUUUUUCAAUUUCUUUCCAUUAUUAUGUUUUUCACUAUUUUAACCAUUCCCACUAGGGAAGAUUUUGAAAGCUGGUUUUCAAGUAACAUGAAGGAAGCUCGUGAUUUAGAAUUUAUAAAACAUAUCAUUUAAAAAAAAUUGGGGUCGUCCCGAGGGAGAAUUUACUAGCCUGUAAAUUAUACCAGUCGAGUCAAGUUUAUUUUUUCCAACCAGUAAAAAGGAAAAAAUGAUAUUUACAUUUUACUGGGAAAGGGAAGCCGCAGGGACCAAAACUGGUUAUCGAGCAGUCACACUCAAGUAUUGAGUUCUUGUUUUACAAGUUUUUCACAAACUUGUACCAGACAAGACAUUUUAAAUCGGGGUUGCAACUUUUCUUUACAGUGAGCCAAAUUAUGAUGACGCUGAGGGUUUAAAUUUGAAUAUGAUAUAGUUCUAACAUCUAACUUUUAAGUUUUUUUCAUGACAAGGGUGUGUAGGCAAAGGUGCACUGGACUAUAGAGAGAUUUUUCUCCGCGAACAAAGUCAACAUUAACUUAAAUUUCAAAAAGGAGUAAAAUAGUAUAAUAUUAAUUGGUUGAUCAUUGUUUUCUGGGGGCCAGUGCAAGACCAGUAAACGUCAUAGAGGCUUGUGAUUUAUUAAUUUUUGCCCCAUUUGUACUCCUAGCCGACACUUGUUCAGGUCUGAUGUGUGACCUAAAGAGGCUGUCCUCUGAUAAUGUUUUUUGAUACUGGAAAUUGUCCCACAACUAGCCAAAGGUGAAUAAAUAUAUAAUAUUUCAAGUUACAUACUGUCAUAUGGAAUAGUAACAGAUCACUUCUUGUUCUAUCAGUUCAUGGAGUGAAUGUCCUUACCGUAUAGUAUUAUAGUAAACUUCUGUAACUUGUAUGUGUGUACAUAUGUUUAUUUGUCUCAUAAUAUCAUAAAUGGAAUUAAUGUUAGUAAUUGGCAUAUUAGGACAGUGAAAUAAUGUGUAUGAUAUACAGGGUGUUGAAAAGUAACGCAAAAUUAACAGAAGUUAGGAUAAAAUGCUACUUAACACAUUUGACGACUGACACCUUUCUUUCAACAGUAUUGAAUUACGGCGAAAUGCCAUUUGACCAUUUCACGACUGACGCUUUUUAACAGUUACCUUUUAACGUUGCCAUGACGAAAAAUUUUACUUUAAUUUUGCAAAACUUUUUUAACACCCUGUAUUCAUGAAAAGUUCACUGUUCUGUGAAACUGGUUAGUUUAUGUCUCAUGGCUCUUAAACCUUGAUACUAGUUUUUGUUACUUACACAAAUUUCUAUUUUGUGUGUUGUAUUUAAAAGUAACUUAUCUAUAGGUAUAAGUUUAUUUCGUCUCCAUAGUCAGCAUAAAAGAUAAAAUAAUUAAACUAAUAAAAAUAAAAUAAAUAAAACUGAUUAUAGAAUCAGGAGAGCAGACAAAACUCUGAAUAAUUAUCCAGUGUCUGACAUGCUAUGUAGAAAAUACAUUUGUGUGAAUUACUGGACUUGAUUCCCAGAAUAGUUAAGCGUUUUAUUUUGAAUUACUGCAAUUUUGUGAUAUACUGGUACAAAUAAUGGUAUACUAGUCAGUACUACCCUUGGUUGUGGGUCACUACUAAUUUUUGUACCAUUGGGAGUAUUUUUAAUUCAUUGGGCUUGUUAAUGACAACUACGGCAUAAGAAAGAUAUGUUAGAUUGGUGAGAUUUCCUAAGCUUGAAUAUCUAGAAUGGGAAUGCAUAAAGCUUUGGAAAAAAAUAAACUUGACUAUG